ACGUCGAAAGUUGUUUGAGCGAAACAUUUAAUUCGACCUUCCAAGAGGCGCACGAAUGCCGCCAGGCGUGGUAGGACGAAGAAGCAUCGUGCCACUUGUGUACAUAUGUUUUAUGAACGCCGAUGUCUACCUUUCGACUUCCAACGCAGCCGCGGCGUGGCUUCGCGUGGAGGAAAAACAGCUGAUUGCCCAAGUACACGUGACCUCACGGACGACGCUGUUGCUACGCGUUUCGUGAGUGGUCGAGCCUAGCGGCCCACGAUUGGUUGGCACGGUGCCAGUCACGUGGACAUGCGACCUCUAGCGUGCGAGUUGGAUCAGCUGUCUGCUGCCUCAGUUGUGUUGCAGAAGACAGUGCAGGAAGUGGCUUGUUUUGGGCUGACAUGUCAGGUGCUCGCAAGUUUCGUUCCUGCGUGGACGGUGCUUGCACGACGGGAAUCGCCUGACGGACUUUUGGGACUGUGAUGGUUGCUGGAAAUCCCUGCGAGUGCCUUGAGUUGUGGAGACCAUGGCCCCAGCAGCGGUGUUGCUCGCCCCUCUGACCCGUUCGUCGAGCGGCCCGUGCGCCAGUUGGACGCUUCAGCCGAGCCUAGACCCGUGACCGGUUCUCCUGGGCUGGAACGCAAAGGGUCGACCGAGGCGCUGUGUAUACCCUGCUGCUGCUGGCCUCUGUCGUGCGUCUGUCCCGCUCGUUUGGUGUGCGGCCGUGUAGCUUCCCGUAGCAGGCGCAGGCUGUCCUCCGGCUUCUUCGGAGUUACUGAAGGCGCUUCGCAGCGCCCCCGAGAUCGCUGCCCAGGAUGAGACCAACUGCGGAGCCGCCCGAUGUGCGCCCAGUACCGAAGGAAGUGGUGAUCGAUCCAUACGACUUCUUCACCGAUGUGGGAAGCCUGGUGCUAGAAGGUCGGAUUCGAUGCCCCUCUUCUAGGAAGGGCGUGACAGAGGGCCCUCACUGUCCACAACCUGUUAUAUCGAGACAACCACGUCAUGAUUGCAACAAAGAGCCACUUGUUGAGUGCCAGCGGUAUGAGGUAGCCCUGAAGCACAUGCUGAUGCUCUGGAGGAACAGCAUCCCGAUGGCUGUGGAAGUCUUGCUGUCACCCGACUGUGCUCAGUGCAGCAGCAUGGACCACACGAGUGGCAUUGACACCUCCGCAGCCCCUAACACAUCGCAUCUUCUGCUAGAACAGUGGUUCAUCCAAAUGCUGCCGAUACGUGCUUCAGAAACAACCGCUUCGGCACAAAGCCUACUCCACGCGAUGCGGUCCUACCUUUCCUUCUCUCAGAUCGCUUCCUGGUAUAAUCUCUCGCAUGGAAGGAGUCCUCGAGGCAUCUACUACAGGAUCUCUGUGCCAGGAGAGGCAUUCUCCAGCAAGUUCCGCUGCAGCCCUGAAGUCCAAAACUUUCCCAUGGCAGGCCUUGGGCGCAACACUUGCCUCAAGGUCUCUGUCAAGUUUGCGCCUAGGUGUCCAGAUGGCAUACCGGCUAUUGCCUGUGCCAAGCAUUCAUCCGUGCCUCUUACACCCGCAGCUCCUAACGAGCCGCUGGGACCCACCAUCACUGCCACACUUCAGGGUCAAUCCAACAGAAAUGCCAAUGACGAUGGGUUCAUAAGAAAUGAAGAGUCGGUUGCCAAGCGCAAGCCCAAGAAGCACAGCAAGGGCGACUUGUCAGCCGAUGUACUGUUGGGGGAAAGCCUUCUGGAUCCCCCCCAGUCUCUCCAGAUGUACCCCAAGCGGUACCAAAGCCCAUCGCGAUGUGGAAGCCCAAGUGUCGAGGUGCCUGAGCAUUUGCUGUUUGGGAGCCAAGCUCAGUCGCCUCUGGAGCUGAGUGGAGAAGCCCAGACGGAGCACAAACGAGGAAGAGCACCGAGGCGCCCUGUCAUCGAGCGUUUCCUUAAGAAGAGCGGAGAGUCGCUGCCCGGAGAUGUGUUUGCUCUAGAUGCUCCGACUGCCAGCUCCAACCAGGUGCAGCCAAGAAAGGAGGAAAUAGCACCCACUCCUUUUUGGCCGAACCAGCAGUACAUCCGAGCGAGGAGCCUGGCGAUGCCAUUGCAGGCUCCGGAACCACAAGCGUCUUUUGUUCCAGUAACCCCUCAGUCGCCACUUCUGCUCGGAAAUGAGCAAGUCAUCACAAGUGUGAAAGAACUUGGCGAAAACAAGCAAACCGAUAAGUUUGCUCGUGCUGUUUCGCCCGACCAGUGUGGAUUGAAGAAUAGUUUUGAGGACAUGAGUCUGUGUCACAUCAACAAACCGUCUGCCAAACACAAACUGAUCUCUAGCAGCUCUUGUUCAGUGUUACAGGAGCAGCCAUUGGCUGCCAAGCCUCAUUUUGAAAGGACGUCAAAGCCCAAUGUGAAAGACCAGUGUGUGGCUAGUGUGGUGACUGACGACAAAGUGGAGCUUAGGACCUUUGUGAAAGAGCAGAAAGCUAGUGGUAGCAAGUGUGAUGGUGGUGUUGCUGCUCACAAGGAAGAAGCGAAUCAUAAUAAGCGAGGUUUAGGGCACAGUAAAACCUGGAGCGAAGGUCUGUGUGACCUGAAGCUCAAGGAUGGAGUGGUUGGAAAAGGCAGCCACAUCUUCAACAACCUCAUUCACAAGCACAAAGUGAGGCAGAUGUUGUGCAAAGCACGAAAUCAUCCAGUGCCUACAGCGGCGGAGCGGGCUCAGUUCCGCCGCUCUUUGGACAGUGCCACCUCAAUGGUCUUCCAUCAGAAGACUGGGCUGCCUCUAACUUCUAGUCCUGCUCCUCUUCGAAAAUCUGGAGCUAGUUUUGAUUUUGACAGCAGCCUGACUUCUGUGUCUGCAAUUAAGAGGGCAUUGUUUGAAAAAGAACCUGAGGAAGAGGAAGCAUUGGCGGGAGAAAUAAUCAGCUCGAGUGCUCCAGCAUCCACCACCACGAGCAGCCUCAUUGUUAAUUUUGAAGAGUCUGUCUUGAAUGGCCGACUGGAGCCAGUAAGCACCGUGCAGGGAUUUGUUGCUGAAAUCGGUGCCAGUGGAUCCUUCUGCCCAAGACACAUCACACUCCCAGUGACGGUCUUCUUCUACUCGCUGCACGACAUUGACAAAGUAGUCUCGCCUUAUUUGGGUCAUAUAAACCUUGGCAUGAAAGGUUACCAUGUUCCAAAGACGGGAACAAUACAAGUGACGCUGUUCAACCCGCAUAAGACGGUGGUGAAGAUGUUUGUUGUUCGGUAUGACCUCUCGGACAUGCCUCCAAACUGCCAGACAUUCAUUCGACAGCGCACCCUUUUCAUGCCCACUGAUGCCUCUGAGAAGGAUCCCGAGGCCAGUCGGUGGCUCCGUUAUCUCAUUCACCUCAGGUUUGCAAGCUCCAAGUCGGGACGCAUCUAUCUGCACACAGAUGUGCGCGUCAUCGUUUUUCGGAAGAGCGACUUGGACGCAGCCACCAUUCAUGGAGAUCGUCCGUACGAACUCCGCUCCUUCACCCAGUGCCCCGUCAACCCGAAGUUCUCUCCGUGCGAGUGAUUUGAUGUCGACGGAAUAAGAGAAGCUCACUCUUUCAUGCCCACAGACAAAACAUACAUGCUGGCUGUCUUUUGUUCUCAUGGACUUUCACGCUACGAUUAGUAGAAGGAAAUACUGCAGUGGAGUUUUUGGAGCAUGAUGGGAAUGUGGCCUAGUAAACCAUUUAUUCUUUGACUUAGGUGUGGCUUCACCUAGGAAGCUGAUUUGAACUUGUUUUUCGAUGCUUAUAUGUGAAGCUAGCGUGCCCUACAACAAGGUUUCUCUGUAGCAUGCCUGCACAUGAAAAUUCCAUGCAAUUAUUUCGGUCUACUUUCCUUCCAGUGAAUAACUUGUAGUAGUUUCAUGUUUGUUAUUGGAAACUUAGAUUACUAUUCCCAACAGUUUUGCCAUAGCGUUCCAAAAACAUUUAAAUUUGCUAGGCAGGUGAAUUAAACUGUUCCCUAAUUUCUGUACUUAGUAAACUUUCAAUAAAAAUUGAGUUCACAUUUACAAUACUUUUCAGCCUUGUUAUAUUGAAAUAUCAUGCCACAUAAAAACUUGAACUUUAUGUUAGUUAUGAGCACUCAUGUAAUCGAAUGUGGGUAUCACAGAGAAAAAUUGUAGAUUUGCUUUAUUUACAUCAAAAUUUUUUAUUUCUAUGUUCAUCAUGUAGUUAUAGUCUUAACUACAUGAUGUAGUUAUGACUAUAAAAAAAGUAACUACGGAAGCAAAGACAGCAGUGUCAUGUCUUAUCUAUAGGACUGUUAUUCCUGUGACUGAUUACGAAUCAAUUUUCAUUAUUCCAAUGAUAGUUGAGUACACACUGGGGCUACAUUUCCCUCUAGUAAACUUAGCAUGACUGUCUAUGAUUGUUCCCUCUUAUUGUUUGGUUUGACUAAAGUGAUCUCUUUUUGUCGUGGCUCCAGAUUGAAUAAACAUCUGUAGAGCAUGCACCUCCUCCCAGAAGACCACCUGGCCACUUGUUUCUAUUUUUUUUUUGCUUGUUGUUGAAAGUAAAUACAAAAGAUAUUGUUCAUGUAUGCUGUUAACUUAUUGUCUAAGAGACUCUAAUAAAUGACUAGGAAAUAUGUAGAAAUAAA